AUGGCUAAUGCUGCCUUUGUGGACAUGCCGUCUGCCAUCUUCAACUUUCAGAGUCUCCUGACGGUAAUCUUGCUGCUCAUAUGUACCUGUGCCUAUAUCAGAUCCUUGGCUCCCAGCUUACUGGACAAAAAUAAAACUGGACUAUUGGGAAUAUUCUGGAAAUGCGCCAGGAUUGGUGAACGGAAGAGCCCCUAUGUGGCUGUGUGCUGUGUUGUGAUGGCUUUCAGCAUUCUGUUCGUACAGUAA